AUGCAUUGGAUGAGUUAUUUGUGGUUUGCCAUACUCUUAUUCUUCUCCGUCUCCUCCCUACACCUAUUCGUCUCCGCCUCCACCCUACACAUAUUCGUCUCCACCGAUCCACCGCCAUCAUACACUUAUUCUUCUCCGCCUCCACCCUACACCUAUUCGUCUCCACCUCCACCACCAUCAUACACUUAUUCUUCUCCGCCGCCACUCUACACUUAUUCUUCUCCACUUCCACCGCCAUCAUACACAUAUUCUUCACCUCCUCCACCGCCAUCAUACACAUAUUCUUCUCCUCCGCCUCUUUACUAUACCCGUUCUCACAAGCAUCCAAAACCUUAUAAUUUUCAUUCACAUCAUAACAAAUAUAAUCCAUAUACCUCUAAAUCACCACCCUCUUACUACCAAAAUCACAAGAAAAACUCUCAUUACAAAAUUAAAGAGAAGAAGUACACUCCUUACACAUACUCAUCUCCUCCACCACCAACCUACAAAGCUCAAGAUAAGAAAUACACUCCUUACAGAUACUCAUCCUCACCACCACCACCAUACAAAACUCAAGAAAAGAAAUACAUGCCUUACACAUACUCGUCUCCGCCACCACCCACAUACAAAACUCAAGAGAAGAAAUACACUCCUUACACAUACUCACCACCAGCACCCACAUACAAAGCUCAAGAGAAGAAGUACACUCCUUACACAUACUCACCACCACCACCCACAUACAAAGCUCAAAAGAAGAAAUACACUCCUUACACAUACUCGUCUCCUCCACCACCAACAUACAAAUCUUAA